CUUAUUCUUCCUGGCCAUCUGAUCUUCAGUAGCGAGCGUAAGCAGUUGUUGAUGAAUGUCUGUAGUUUGUCGGUAAUCCCUUUCGUAUCUCGCCAAGUCUCUCAACCAUAUAGAAGCAGUGACUUGACUGACUUGGUGUUGAAAAUCCGGAUCUUGUUCACGCUUUAUGCUGAGUGCAGAAGAUCUCUACACUAAUUUCAGGUUAUUGAAGGCCUGUCUUUCUGUGUUUCCGAUCCUGGCUUUGACGUCUUCUUCUGUGCUGCCUGUAGUUGAAACAGUGCUGCCUAGAUAGGCGAAGGAGGUUACUUCCUUUACGUUUCUCCCGUUGAUGGUGAUUGAUGCUUGUUGUUGUUGUUGUUGGUUGGGUACCUCCAUCACCUGUCUUCUCUACGUUCACCUGAAGGAAGUCCCGUCUUCGCUGCCUCUUCUGCCAACUUGUUUGUUUUUUCCUGUAGAUCUUCAAGUUUAUGUGACGUUAGAUAUAAGUCAUCGGCGAAAUCUGAAUUUUCUAGCGUUUUUUCAUCGGUUCAGCGCAUCCCCCUCUUCUCGCUCCUCACUGUUUGUUGCAUGGUGCAGUCCACUACAAUCAGGAAUAUCAUGGGCUAUAGUAGACAGCCUUGUCUUACUUUUGUCUCCUAUCUUCACUUCGAAAGCAUCACUGAGCUCCCCAUUGUGAAUUACUUGGCAUAUGGCAUCUUCAGAUAGUUGUUGAAUGAG